AAAAAAGCGGGGAAAUUCAUCAACAGGAAGAAAACUUUACGAUAGAAGUUGACCAAAAACAAUGAUCCAUGGUACUAAUUUUGGAAGACUGUUAAACAGAGAAAGAGAUCCAUGGACCUCACCUAAUAUAUGCCAUUUGUUGGAGACUUUUCAAAGUGUAUCUUCUGAUGAGUGGCAAAUUGUCGAUGAACAUGGGAAUCUACAUCCACCAUUGGCUUGUAGCUUUGCUCAAGUUUCUUCCAGCCGACAUAUUUUAGCUGUUGCAGAUGAAAUUGGUUACCUGACUUUCUAUAAUACCAAUGUGUCUGGACCAAAUGCAAUCGUUAAAGAGUUUGAGGCUCACAAUAAUGCUAUAUUUGAUGUGGCGUGGAUGGAGAUGGAAUUCAAAAUAGUAACUGGUUCGGGUGACCAGUCUGCAGCACUGUGGGAUGUGAAUACCUCGCAGAAACUAGAGGUCUUUAAAGGUCAUACCAGCAGUAUUCGUUCCGUCGCUUUUCGACACUCCGAUGAUGCGGUUCUUGCAACAGGUUCAAGAGAUGGUCAUAUUAUGGUGUGGGAUAAGCGAUGUCAAAAGAAAGAUGGUCGUGUUCCACCCGUGAACGAAAUUCACAAUGCACACGCCUUUAUAGGAAGACCUGCGUCUGGCAAGAAGAGGCGCAAGAGUAAACUAGGUCAAGUUAUGGACUGUCAGCAGAGUGUAACCUCAGUUGUGUGGCAGACGGAAAAUCAUCUCGUAUCAGCGGGAGCAGUUGAUGGUUGCAUCAAAGUUUGGGAUUUGAGAAAAACGUAUUCUGCUGUAAACAAUGACCCCAUUCCGGUGACAACAUUUCCAUAUGCCGGCCACAGCCAGAAGAAGCACGGUUUUUCCAGCAUGACACUUGAUUCGUACAAAUCACGACUUUUUGCAAGUUGUACAGAUGAUGUCAUUUACAUGUAUGAUCUCAUAACAUGUUCCAAAUCACCAUUGUGUGUGUUCCGAGGACACCAAAACAGUGAGUUUUAUGUGAGAGUCUCGGUGUCGCCAAACAACGAUUUUCUCCUCAGUGGCUCCGGUGACGAGAUGGGCUACAUCUGGCAGAUUGACAAGCCAAGUUGUUCCCCGGUUGUACUCAAGUGUCAUAGUGCUGAAGUAACAUGUGUCUCAUGGAAUCCAGAUGAUUUUACUAAGGUUGUCACUUGUUCUGAUGACAGCACAAUGAGAAUUUGGAGAAUGAAUCGGAAUGAGCUGAAGGCAGAAAAUGGAGAACGAAUAGGAAAAGCUGAACGGACAAGACGAGAAAUUGGAACAUCUACGAUCACUCCUCAGAAGUUAGUGAUGACAGGCGAAGACCGCAAAUGCACUCCUAACAGGUCUUCUCCCAGUUUCGUCCAAUCACCUUCCAUCAAAGACUGGUUUAAUACAAGAUGGAGGAUGCAGGAACGUAGUCCCACCAUUGCAACCGUAACAGGUACCAGGUUGCCACGACAUAGUCCCAAAAACUCUGAGCAGAAAGAAAACUUGUGUUCACCGAAGAAAACAUCUAAGCGCAAGUUGGACAUUGAAGAGGCUGUGUACAGUCCAAUGAAACGACAGUGCUUAGCAGAAAUGACACCUACCAAAGGUGAAGGUCAUCAUCAGACAGCUUUAAAAAAUCUCAAUUUGCACUACAAUUGUGUGGAAGUGACGCAAAAUGUAGCUUGUGUAAAACCGUGUGUCAGAAGUAACUCUUCUGGUGAUUGUUUAUCGAACAUGAAAAAUGACUGUGUUGAAAAGGCAAAGGAAUUUGGCAUUCAUUCAACACGGUCUCCGACACUGGGGCUUCCCAAUCUGGUGGUGGAUGAAGCAAGAGGAACACCUUUUCGCGCAAUUGCCGAGCUCCGAACUCCGAAGAAGAAUCCUGGCGUGGACUGGCUUACACAGAUGAGACUGUACAAACAGAGUCCAGGUCAAAGUUCACAGAGUUCGGCUGAAGAACUGACAUCAAAAAGCGAGAUCUCCUCACCGUCAAGAGUGCUGACUCCAAUAAAAGGCAUGAAGUCCAUUGCCUCCUACUUCAAACCACCAUCAGCAAAGAAAAGCCAAAACAAAUAACUAAACAACUCUCUCUGACUGAUCAUGGUGCUUUCAUUUGACCUCAUUCUUGAGAUUCUUAUCAGUUUUGUUACCUUAUUAAUGACCAAGCAAUCCUAGUUGUACUUCAGAUUAGUAAAAUAAAAGACUUACUAACAUCUAAACCAGGGGCGUAGGCUAGGUUUUUUUUUGGACACACACACACACACACACACACACACACACACACACACACACCAGCCUGCUGAAGCAAAUGGUCUGCUUUCAGAACUAAAACAUACAGGUUUAUACAUUUGGAGUUUCUGGUGGUGCAAAAACAAAAUAAAAAAGGGUCCACUUGGUUCAUAUUCGAACCACCCCCACCCCCCCAGGUCCAGAUCAUGCUACACCCCAGUAAACUAAGUAUUUCAAAUGAAAUACAUGUGAUAAUUGAAAAAGGAAUUCGUGCACAAAAUACAGUAAAUCAGAAAAUGUUUGAGAGCAUAACAUUUUAGCUGAUUAGCAAGGCCAUACAAGACGCUAAUAUUUCAUCACAACAAGCAAACUUCUGAAAACCUUUUGAGUGAUUGUUUUGUGAUUAACUAAACACACAACAAUGGCUAUAUGCUGUUGAUUAAAUCAAUAGGUAGUUAGCAGCAUUUUGCUACUAAAUUUAAGUUAUCUGUAAGCUGUAUAAUGUCAAAAUUUACCAAAAGUAUUAUUUCAGCUAGUUGUACAAUGUCGGCCUUUACUGUUUUUUCUUUUUCUUUUCAGUUUCUGAUAAGAUGACUUCGGUAAAGUUUUAUGUUGCUAAUGUGUCACUUAUUCCAAUUUCACUAAUAUUUUGUGAUUUACAGUACUUUUAAUCUAGCCUUUUAGUAGAAGUUUAUUGUACUAAAUUUACAUGUUGAAAAUAAUAUGAAAUUAGCAUUCUAGAGAGUAAUUACAAAAACAUAAAGGGAAGAGAUUUUGAUUUUAGUUUGUAUCUUUUUAUCUAAAUAAAAAAAAUGCCAAAGCAAAAUGCAUAUUAAAUGCAUAAUGGCAGUGUUUUUAAUACUGAAUUUCAAACUAGAUUAUUUUAUAUAUAUCCCUUCCAUGUUGUAUGUGCUCCUAAUAUCGAAAUCCGAGGGUUACAUGAAAAUGUUUUCUGUUUUGGAUGGUUGAAAUGUGGACUGACUUUAUUUUGAGAAAUCAUGGUUUGCACAUACCACAGCCUUUGAUAUACCAGUCGUGGUGCACUGUGUGGAAUGAGAAAUAGACCAAUAGGCCCACCGACGUAGAUCAAUUCCAAACCGACUGCAUCAAGAGAGUGCUUUACCACUGGGCUACGUCCCACCCUUUAUUUUUUACGAUACAUUUUGAGAGAAUGGCCCAUAUAUUAUUUAUCAGCACACCAAAUUGUAAAAUAAAAUUAAUCACUUGGCACAUAGCAAACAAAAAUCCAUGAAAUAAGUGGAUUCCCAUCCAGUAAUCAUGUCACAAGAAGUAAAUUAUCUGCAAUUAGUAUGAAGAAACUAAUUGGCAUUUUUGUGUAAUAUUUGUGUUUCUUUGUUACUUAACAGAAAAAAAUCCAUUAAAAAGUGGAUUUCUUUCAUGUAAUAAUGUCACAACAAGUAAAUUAUCUGUAAUAGCCAAGAAGAAAGAAACUUGGCAUACGUUUGCAUUUUUAAGUAAUAAAGGUUUUUUUUGUUUGUUUGUUCCUUAACAGAAAAUAAUGUAUAUUGAUGGAAAGAAAUAAGGGAACACACAGUAUUUGAGACCAAAUGUAAUUCACUACUGGAGUAGUUAGGUCUGUAUAAAAUACAGAGGUGUUUUGCAGAACUGCAUGUCAGUACUGUAGGUUUGACUUCCAGUAACAUGGUUAAUUUCCUGAUAAUGUGGACGAGGAUUUUGGUUGUAGUCAACAUUUGAUGUUACUACUCACAUGUUCCAUGAUUUCUUUCCAUCAGUAUAUAUGCAUCAGAAAUGCUGCAUAAUUAGUUUUAGUUAAAUCAUGAAAUGCUUCAGUAUUUUCAAACAUUUCGAUCAUUGAAACUUGUUCCUAAUCAUAACACACUGCUGUUAGAAGUAGGCCUAAUUGUCAAGUCAGGUACCUUGUUUUAAAUGGUUUUGUAUAUUUCAGACAUAUUUCGUUCACUUAUAUCAUAUACAUAUAAAUGAAAUAAAAUUUUACAAUA